AUGCUUCCAAACGGCGCCGGACCAAACAGCAUCACUCCACAAACCCACCAAUCACCAACUGCAACUAGCUCGUCGCCAAAUUAUUUCACAUACGAUCGCAAAACGUUCCUUUUGUUAGACGAUCAAAUAAACGUAAAAUCAAUCAUUCGUGAUGUGUGUCGAGUUCCAGAAUACAAGCUACGCGAACGAACCGAUGCUUGCGAUAGCUCGUCUGUAAAAUUGGGAAUUUACUUGCGUAUGCUUCGUCCCGGUGAAGAUUUCGAUCACGGCUGCCAGCAGCAGCGAAAGCGUUUAGUUGAACUUCUGUUUACAGAAACAGACCGCCAAUGCUUCACCCAACAGGAGCUGGAAAAACGUUCACCAUUGUCAUCUAACGAAGAUGGAUCAAGCCUCUCGAUGCCGCAGUUCUUCGAUCAAUUGCGCCGGCACCAUCAGGCUAAAUUAGCCGAUGAUCAGGCGAAACCCGACACAGACGCUAUCACGCAUCAGUUCCUGCGACCCAAGUUGCGUCCCUACCAGCAACAAGCCAUCCGGUGGAUGAUGAAUCGCGAAACCAUCCCAGUCUCACUGCCAGCGCAGUAUGUGCGUCUUCAGAAUGCCUGCUUGCCGGAGAUGAGCUUCUUCAUGGAGUUCAAUAACGAGGUGUGUGAUAAGGAACCGCCACCAAUCCGCCUACCAACCGGUGGGAUACUGGCCGAUGAGAUGGGCAUGGGCAAAACGGUCGAAAUGCUUGGUUUGCUGCUCUUGAACAGACGUGCUCCGAAAGGGAUCAAACGUGACGUUUCGCAAACGAAUUUUACUCCCAAAAAUACGAAGAAUACGAUAAAAAGAAGGAAAGCUUCUGAAAGUAAUGACUCAGAAGACUACGCCGAGCUGAGGUGUCUCUGCUUGAGUACCGGCAGAAAGAACACCGUCGAAUGUCACAAAUGCGGUCUCCUGCAGCACCGAAAGUGUGUUCUCAAACAUCAUACACCGGGGCAGGGUAACAAGCUAAAAUACAUGUGCCCCGAAUGCUGGCGUACGAAGCCCCUUGUGGAGUCCGGUGCUACAAUUAUCGUUUCACCGGCAUCCAUCAAAUACCAGUGGGAAUCUGAAAUCCGGAAGCACAUAACCGAUCCCAACUUUCGGAUGUUCGUUUACAACGGCAUCACCAGCGGCGGAUGGAUCAGUCCGGCUGACCUCGCCUCGUAUGAUGUCGUGCUGACGGACUACUCCGUGUUGCGGCCAGAAAUCUACUUCGUUGCAGAGAAUGCACGAUUUUCACGCCACGAAAAGCGCUUCCUCAGUCCGGCUACGCCACUUACGAUGGUGCGUUGGUGGCGUGUUUGUCUCGACGAAGCUCAAAUGGUCGAAGGGGUAAAUACCAACGCUACGAAAAUGGUGAAAGAACUGCCUGCCGUACACCGCUGGACUGUAACCGGUACACCGGUGGAGAAGACCAUCGACAACCUGUACGGGUUGGUGCAUUUUCUCGAUUAUGCCCCGUACGAUAGCUUACCGGUUUGGCGCAAGUACUCGACUCUCUUUCAUUCCGGCCAUGCCGAACCGCUGCUCUCGGCGAUGGUGCGAAUUAUGUGGCGCACGUGUAAGCACGCCGUGCUGGACCAACUGGGAAUUCCUCCACAAACUGAGCGCGUGCACUACAUCACCAUGUCGGAUCUGCAGAACUGCUUCUACCGUGCUGAACACAUGCAGUGCGCUCAGGCGUUCCACGAGAAGGCGCGAAAGAUCAGCCGCAGCCUUUCGAUGGCUCAGAUGAACAUACAAACGCUAAACAAACUGAUGGAGCCGCUGCGUAAGCUGCGACAGGAUUGCUCCAUACCAUCCGUUAUCUACGGCCGGAAUGCGCUACCAACGAAAAAGCUAUUAACGCCAACGGAACUACACAGUCACCUUGUCACGAGCAACGUGAACGAGUGCAAAUCGCAGCUAAGGACAGUGGUGAGCUCACUGAACGGCAUGGCGGCGAUCCAUAUCCUGGAGCGAAACUACGACCAAGCGUUGCGCCUAUACCAGGCCAGCCUGCGCUGGGCUGACGAUUACAAAGGAUCGAUCAGCGUCGACAGCUUGCUGCAGAUUCACGCCCUUCACAACAUGCUCGAUGUGGUGGGUUCGUUCGCGAGCACACUGGAUGAGGCUCGGAUGCCCACAGAGGCGGAAUUGAAAGAGUACCGGGAACGGUGCGCGGCCCUAGAGUGGCGUUACAUCGAGGUGUACGCCAAUAAAGUCCGCUCGAUUGAGAACACCCUGCAUCCAGCGAUCGAAAAGGUAGAAGAACUAGUCAACCCUCGGGGGAAGCAUUCCAACGACACCACUGGCAUCCUUGUGCGCGCCAAUGGUAGCUGGUGGCGUGAGCUUUUCCACUCGUUCGAGUCCAACGAUCAUCACACAGCCUUUUUGUACCGUUUGCUGCGAGGAGAGCACUCCAUGGCAUCCACCGACGUGCGUUCCUGGCGUGGGAUGGAUUUGUGGCUAACGAUCUGGCUGGACAAGGUGACCGGUCGGCGUAACGCGCUUAAAAAAGGCUUCCAUUCGAUAAAGUUUUUCGUCGACAAUCUGAAACCAAACCACCUGUGGGCGCCGAACAUGCAUGCUAUUAUUGAGAGCUUUAUACGGACCGCUUUCGCGUGCCAUCUCGAUCCGGCGCUGUUCCACGUGGACGAGAAUGGUGUGCGGACAGAGCAGCGGGUUUCGAGCACGAACCAGCACUCACCAGCGUCCCCGUGCAUGAUGUGCAAGGUGAAGGAAAAACUAACCGCGUUGGAAGAGGUGCUGUUCCUGCUGAAACAAACAAAGGUUACAACCGGCGGACUGUGGCAAAUGUCCUUGCAGGAGCAAAUACUGAAGCAAAUUCAUCAGUACGCAAGCAAGCAUCAGGAAUCGCUUAACAGAGAGAUCCUAGCGGAGGGUGAACAAUGGCUGCUGUACCUCGAGCGGCUGAAGCUUGAGUUCAAGGAGUACUCUCAGUAUUGGGUGGAAAUCAACUACACGGUUGCGGCUUACGAUGAGCUAGCGAUGUGCAAGUCGCGGUUGCAGCUGCUAAGCGAUGCCGAACACGAACAGAUGAGGAAGGAAAAGAAAAGUCCUACCAUCAUGCAGUUGCUCAAGAGUGAGCUGCCAGCCAUGUUGCAGGAGCAGCAAGAGGCGAAGGUGUCAGCCGAGCGGGCAUUCGUGCGCCUUAAGGGUACACUGAAGUAUUUAGAGCAUCUCAGCAUGAGCAAGGAGAUCGAUCCUUGCCCAAUCUGCCACGUUACGCCGGAUUCCAAGUAUGCCGUGUUACAAUGUGGUCAUCACUUUUGCAGCAUUUGCGCUAUCAGGUUGUUGAAGCUGGCGGCAGCCAAUUUUAACGUUACUUCUUGUGUUGUCUGUCGCCACCAACAGCACGUUAAGACAAUUCAAUACGUCACGCUCGUAACGACUGCCCAAACUAUGGUACGCGGUAGCUACUCUAAUAAAAUCUUCAAAAUCGUUGAAACUGUGCUCGAGCUGAAAGCACACGAGCCCGAUGUAAAGAUUGUCAUCUUUUCCCACUGGGAACCGAUACUCAGCCAAAUCGGUGUGGCACUACGCGAAAACGACAUCGUGUAUCGUGAGAAAUCAGCCAAGUUCUUUAACAUCAUCGCUGAGUUUAAGGACUUUACGCAAGGCGUUACCUGUCUGUUGCUGCCACUACGAUACGGUUCAAAGGGACUCAAUUUAACCGAGGCUACGCACGUCUUCCUGGUCGAACCUAUCCUAAAUCCUGGCGAGGAGCUGCAGGCAGUUGGGCGCGUGCAUCGUAUCGGUCAGACACGUCCGACGUUCGUGCAUCGUUUCAUCAUGAACGAUACGAUAGAGGAAACGAUUCAUGAAACCAUCCAAAAGGACCGUACCGGUCGCUGGCUCUCGAAGGAUGUAUCGGUUGAGCAGCUGGAGCAAUUGUUCCAGUUAAACGACACAAAUGACACAUUGGUUAUUGUAUAAACACAAGGGGUACGUGCGAGGAAGAGCGUUCUUUCAUUAUAUUUGGACAUCAAUGCACGUAUUUCUCAGGAACGUAACAACAGUUUUAUCAAACGGUAUUUAUUAUACAUACGUUAGAUUU